AUGCUUAGAAAGAUGCAAGCCCCCAUGCAAGGCCUCAAGGGCGUAAGAUGGAGCCACACCAAACCGACUGUUGCAGUGCUGUACCAAGCAAUUGAGCCUCCAGUCAUCAACGGAGUCCGCAAGCCGCGCAAACCAGGCGGUGGUAUUUGUGAAGGUUAUCAAGACUCAGGCGCAGAUAUUGCAUAUGCGUUGCGUGCCAAGGGGAUCGAGGUUAUAACGCCACGAUCCUCGCCUCCUGUCGAUCAUGAGGGCUGGUGCUUCCCUGAUUCCGAAGAGGGAAUUUUGUCUGCGGUAACCAAGGGGGCUACCCAUCUAUGGGCAAACACAAUUGUUUUUUCUUCUCAUCCUCUGCAGACUGCUUCGUCUCUGGACUCCUAUACCCCAACAUUGCGGGUAGUGGGUCAACCUCCGGGUCUGGUUGAGAAGUUCGAUGAUAAGAUGUAUCUGAACAACCAACUACGUGCUCUUGGGGGCUUUACUUUGCCGAAAGCAUGGGAAGCAACAGCGGGAGACGAUCUUGACGCAUUGGUUAAGUCAAUCCCCAAUUAUCCAAUCGUCGGAAAACCGGUUCGAGGACGUGGCAGUCACGGCGUCAAAGUGUGCAACGGUGCAACUGAGCUGAAAGAGCAUAUAGAGAGUCUCCUUGAUGAAUCUCCCGUUGUAUUGCUGGAAGAGUUUCUAGCCGGGGAAGAAGCCACCAUAACUGUGAUGCCUCCGACUCCCGACAGAGCUCAAUAUUGGAGCAUGCCACCCGUGACAAGAUUCAAUCAUCAAGGAGGUGUUGCACCGUAUAACGGCACAGUCGCCGUAACUGCCAAUUCACGCGUUGUGUCCGAGGGCGAAAUGCACGAUGCAACGUAUGGCUCGGUGAUGCGUCAAUGUGAAGGUGUGGCCAGUCUCAUUAGGGCUACGGCUCCUAUUCGCAUUGACGUCCGACGAUUCCGGCCGAACUCCGAGUUUGCUAUUUUUGAUAUCAAUAUGAAACCAGUAAGUGAGAUGAUGUCUUUGGUUGAUUUUGCUAACACCGGGUCACAGAACAUGACUGGUCCCGGUCGACCUGGUCGUGAGGACCAGGCGAGCUUGACUGCUUUGGCAGCAGCGGGAUGUGGAUGGGAUUACCAGUCGCAUUUAGAGCAUAUUUUGUACGGAGCCUCGACUUUGCAGACUUUCCGGGAGUAUCAAAGCCCCUUGUAG